AUGCAAUGCUAUACGGAGCUGACACCUCCUACAGCUGUCACACAUUCUUUGAGCCUCCCAUUCUUGUCGGCAGAUGCCAGAAACCUCGUCGUCGCAAAAGCUUCGUUGCUACAGAUAUUUACAACCAAGACCGUAUCCGUGGAUCUCGACGAACUUUCUGGAAAAGAUUCAUCAACAGUGAAAGAUGUCACAAGUACCGACCCUAGGGCUCAUGAUGAAGAUGGAGUUGAAGCUUCCUUUCUCGGCGCAGAUUCAAUUUUACCGCGAUCUGAAUUAGCUCGAACGACGAAACUCGUACUUAUAGCUGAAUAUAAUCUAUCCGGGACAGUUACAUCUCUUGUACGAGUGAAGACGAUAUCCUCAAAGACUGGUGGUGAAGCAUUGCUAGUGGGAUUCAAGGAUGCGAAGCUCAGUCUCGUAGAAUGGGACCCAGAACGACCUGGCAUAUCAACGAUAUCGGUUCAUUUUUACGAACAAGACGAACUACAAGGAAGUCCGUGGGCACCCAGCCUUUCAGAUUGUGUCAAUUACCUUACAGUCGAUCCAGGAAGUAGGUGUGCUGCUUUGAAGUUUGGGGCUAGGAACCUUGCGAUUCUUCCUUUCAAACAAGACGAAGAUGUCAAUAUGGAUGAUUGGGAUGAGGAAUUGGAUGGCCCUCGCCCAGCGAAAAUCUCACAAAAAUCUGCGGCGGAAAAUGGAAUUCUCGCUACCCCAUAUGGAUCCUCUUUUGUUCUACGAUUGUCUUCGCUCGAUCCCAGCCUCAUCUUCCCGAUCCAUCUUGAAUUCCUAUACGAAUAUCGAGAGCCAACUUUUGGAAUUCUCUCCUCUACCAUGGCUCCAUCGUCUGCUUUGCUGCAAGAGCGUAAAGACCACCUGACAUAUAUGGUAUUCACCCUGGACAUACAUCAGAAAGCGUCAACCACAAUUCUUUCCGUUGGGGGGUUGCCUUAUGAUCUCUUCAUGAUCGUUCCACUAGCCCCGCCUGUGGGUGGAGCACUUCUAGUUGGUGCCAAUGAGCUGAUACAUAUCGAUCAAGCUGGUAAAGCCAACGGUGUCGCGGUGAACAUGUUCGCCAAGCAAUGUACCAACUUCAGCCUAUUAGACCAGUCCGAUCUUGCGCUUCGGCUAGAAGGUUGCAAAAUCGAUCAACUAUCUAUUGAAAAUGGCGAAAUGCUCAUCAUACUGCAUAGUGGUGAUAUUGCUAUUUUGAGCUUUCGCAUGGAUGGAAGAUCCGUCUCCGGUCUGAGUAUUCGACGAGUAAGUGCAGAAUUAGGCGGCGAUAUAUUGACGGGGGCUGCAUCAUGUGUAAGUUCCCUUGGUGCAGGUGCAUUAUUCGUUGGUAGUGAGGUAUCGGACUCUGUCAUUUUAGGCUGGAGUCGAAAGUCAGGCCAACCUUCACGUCGGAAGUCGAGGCUCGACAGCUCAGCAAUAGCGGAUGUUGACGAAGCUAUGCUUGAUGAAGAAGAUUUAGAAGAUGAUGACGAUGAUUUGUACGGUGACGGGCCCACGAUCUCCCCCACGGCUGCCAAUGUUACAGCUUCGAACAGUAAAGCUGGAGACUACACAUUUUCUAUACAUGAUUCCAUGGUCAAUAUAGCUCCCAUCACUAACAUCACGUUUGGGGAAGUAGCAUUGAGCUCAGAUAAGGAAGAAGAGCUGAAACUUAACGGAGUCCAAAGUGAGCUUCAGCUCUUAGCCGCUGUGGGUCGUGAAAAGGGAGGUUCUCUAGCCGUCAUUAAUCGUAAUAUCCAACCCAAUGUUAUAGGCCGAUUUGAAUUACCGGAGGCUCGUGGUAUUUGGACCAUGAGUGCAAAGAAACCUGCGCCAAAAGGGUUGCAGGUCAACAAAGAGAAGACAGUCAUCGGUGGUGAUUAUGGCGUUGAUGCUCAAUAUGACAGACUAAUGAUAGUUUCCAAGGCAUCUGAAGCUGAAGAUGCUAUUGACGAAUCAGCUGUUUAUGCAUUAACGAAUGCUGGAUUUGAGGCUUUGUCAGGAACAGAAUUUGAACCAGCUGCUGGAUCCACAAUCGAAGCUGGUACGCUUGGUAAUGGAAUGCGUGUCAUUCAAGUCCUAAAGUCUGAAGUAAGAAGUUAUGACGGUGAUCUUGGUCUCGCACAAAUAUUGCCGAUGCUCGAUGAUGAAACUGGAGCAGAGCCGAAGAUCAUCAGUGCAAGUUUUGCAGAUCCGUUCCUUCUACUAAUAAGAGAUGAUGCGAGCAUUUUCGUUGCACAAUGUGACGAUGACAAUGACCUUGAAGAGAUAGAAAGGCUUGAUGAUGCUCUACUUUCCACGAAAUGGCUCACUGGCUGUUUGUAUGACGACUAUAGCGGGGCUUUCUCCGAUAGCAAGUCUAGCAAGGCAGGAGAAAAUGUGAAGAUGUUCUUGCUCAGUGCUGGUGGGGGAUUGCACAUUUAUGCACUGCCUGAUCUUUCAAAGCCAGUCUAUGUGGCGGAGGGAAUAUGUUUUGUGCCACCUGUUCUCUCAGCAGAUUAUGCAGCCAGAAAAUCUGCAAUUCGGGAAACGUUGACCGAAAUAUUAGUAGCCGACCUAGGAGAUUCAGUAUCUCAGUCUCCCUAUCUCAUUCUACGACCCUCAAACGAUGAUCUUACUAUUUACGAACCCUUCCGCAUCGCGUCUACAUCACCUAAUCUUCUCUCAUCUACGCUUCAGUUUUUGAAAAUACAUAACACACAUCUGGCACAGGCUCCGGAUGUGUCUGCUGAAGAGCAGGCGGAUGAAACUCAGCAAACCAGUGAUAAACCAAUGCGUGCUGUCUCAAAUCUAGGUGGAUACAGUGUUGUCUUUAUGCCAGGUGGUUCUCCAAGUUUCAUCGUCAAAAGCUCUAAGACACUACCAAAAGUUCUUAGCCUGCAAGGAACAGGAGUUCGCGGUCUAAGUAGCUUCCAUACCGAAGGUUGUGAUAGAGGAUUUAUCUAUGCCGACACAGAAGGAAUUGUUCGUGUAGCACAAUUUCCUCCAACAACCACGUUUGCCGACAUCGGAAUGGCCUUGCGAAAGGUUGAAAUAGGUGAAGAUGUUCACGCCGUAGCAUAUCAUUCACCACUGCAGACCUAUGUCAUAGGUACCAGCACUUUCACCGACUUCGAAUUACCUAAAGAUGAUGACCACCGAAGAAGCUGGCAAGAGGAAGAUAUCGCCUUCAAGCCGUCGAUCGAGAAGAGCUCUCUCAAGUUGAUUAGUCCAGUCAACUGGUCAGUCAUUGAUACCAUCGAGCUUGAACCCUGCGAAGUUAUAACUUGUAUCAAGACUAUGAACCUUGUAGUAUCAGAAGUCACCAACGAGCGCAAACCCUUACUUGUCGUAGGAACAGCUAUAACCAAAGGAGAAGACCUCGCAACAACUGGCCGCCUCUAUGUUUAUGAUGUCGUUAUCGUUGUCCCCGAACCCGAUAGACCCGAGACAAAUAAAAAGCUAAAAUUGAUCUCCGCCGAAACCAUCACUCGUGGCGCUGGUGGUCCUGUGACUGGUCUUUCCGAGAUUGGUACACAGGGUUUCAUGCUUGUUGCACAGGGUCAAAAGUGUAUGGUGAGAGGCCUCAAGGAGGAUGGCACAAACUUACCAGUCGCAUUUAUGGAUACGAAUUGCUAUGUCACGUCUAUCAAGGAACUUCCUGGUACAGGCCUCUGCGUGAUAGCAGACGCGUUGAAAGGUGUGUGGUUUGCGGGGUAUACAGAAGAACCCUAUAAAAUGCUACUUUUUGGGAAGAGUGCUACGAGGAUGGAGGUACUGUGCGCAGAUUUGUUGCCAGAUGGAAAGGAUCUGUUCAUUGUGGCUGCGGAUGCUGAUGGAAAUUUGCAUAUUAUGCAAUAUGAUCCUGAACACCCUAAAUCCCUCCAAGGCCACCUCCUCCUCCAUCGCACCACAUUUUCCCUCGGCGCCCAUCACCCCACAACAAUGACACUUCUUCCCGCCAUCCCAUCUCUACACCCACUAACCACAGCCUCAUCCUCAUCUCUCAGUCCAUCUCCCCAAGAAGAUUCCCCCUCACCUUCCCAAUCCCUCCUCCUCACUUCGCGUACUGGAACCUUUGCCCUUCUUUCCCCCCUAACCGAAUCCCAAUACCGCCGUUUCGGCACCUUAGUCUCACACCUUACAAAUACACUUUAUCAUCCAUGCGGACUUAACCCAAGAGCAUAUCGAGUAGACAAAGAUGCGAAUGAGGGAAUUGUAGGAGGAAGAACGAUUAUCGACGGAGGCGUGUUAGGAAGAUGGAUGGAGCUUGGGAGUCAAAGAAGAGGAGAAGUAGCUGGACGGGUAGGAGUUGAUGUUUUGGAAUUGAGGGAUGAGCUAAGUGAAUUGCGUAGGGGUUUGGAGUUUUGUUAG